AUGGAUGGGCAUUUCAAGUGUGGUGAAAUUGAAUUGUUUCAUGAAAUGCCUGAAAGGGAUGCUUUUUCUUGGAUCGUUUUGAUUGACGGGUUGUCAAAAAGUGGGAGAAUUGAAGAGGCAAGGGAGAAGUUUGAAAAAUUGCUAAGGGGACACGGAGAAGAUACAAGCCAAGUUCUGUUGUACGUUAAAGGGAAGAAGGAAACGGAUGCUGAAUUGGAGAAUGACAGUGAGAGGCUGACCAUUGCUUUUGGUCUGAUUAAUGUCAAGCCUGGAACUCCAAUUCGCAUAGUGAAAAACCUACGUGUUUGCAAUGAUCUCCACACGGUUACAAAACUAUCAUCUGAAAUCUAUGAGAGCGAGAUAGUUGUCAGAGACAACAGCCAUUUUCAUCAUUUCAAGAAUGGGUCAUAUUCAUGCAAUGACUCUUGGUGA